AUAAUUUUUAAAGGAUUUUCGGAAAUAAAAUGAAGCAGUUUUCAUUUGUGAAUGCAUAUCAAGAAAAUUUUAUGAACUUUGCAUUAAAAUACUACAGGAGAAAGUCGGGUGAUGAAUCCAAUAAUAUUCAUUCAACGCCAGUAAAUAAACACCGUCAUAAUUUUGGAGAAUAUUCAACGUCACGCCUUGGCAAUCGAAAAAUCACAUAUAGUUUAACUAGAAAAUCACCAACAUCUGAAUCGGAAGUUUCACUUUCAUUCGAUAAUCAACAAAAAUCAUUUAACAACCAAGAAAUUUUAGAAAUCCAAGAAAAUUUUGUAGAAACCCAAGAAUUAUUUAUAGACGAUCACGAAAAUCCAUUCGAUAAUCAAGACGAAGAUACUCUUGAUUCAACCAGUCAAACAUGUGUAAGAAUAUUUAAUGAACUUGGUAAUGUAUCGCCAGAUAAUUUUGCUGAACCGAAUGGCUACAAGGAUUUUAUAAUUGAAAAUAACGAUCAUAUUAUUGAUUUAACGACGUAUGACAUUGAUGAUAUAACAUUAUCGGAUGAUAAAGGCAAAGAAAAUAAAAAUGAUAAUGUAGCUGAUAGCACUAACAAUAAAGAAAUAAUUGAUAAAGAUAUAAUUGAUUUUGUUGAGAAAAAUCAAAUAGAUAACGAUGAUACAUCAUACGAUAUGAAUCGUUUAUGGAAGGAUGAAGAAAUGUUGGAACAAGUAAAAAAUUGUCCAAAAAAAAUUUUUAUGUCUGUACAAAAAUUUAAAAAUUUAGCAAAUGUACAAAAAAAAAUCAUAACAGAAACAUCAUUAGUCGAGGAUGAAAUAAUGGGUGUACAUAUGGCACCAAAUAUAUCAAUCAACGCGAAUUUAAGUGAAUUGGAAAGUGUAGAAAAUGAUAGUGACGAUAAUAACAAUCAACAAAACACAAUUAGUGCGACACAUACUUUACCUGUACGUCCUGCACCAAAAUUUGUCGCCAAAAGUAUGUGCCAAAAGUCUGUUACUUCAACUUCAAGUUCAGAAAUUAAUCAAAUUUUACAAAAACAAAUUGCUUUAUCAGAAAAUGAUCCACGAAAAAAGAAAGAAUAUGCUCGUAUAUUAAGAAUAUUAACACAGCAAAAAUUACUUAAUGAAGAAACAAAUAAUAUGAUGAAAAAUCGGAAUACUCAAAAUCAUGAGAAAAUUGAACGAAAAAGAUCGAUAACAACAGAACAUACAAAAAAACAUGACGAAAAUAAUUCUUACAAACGGUCAAAGCCGUGCGAAACUAUAACAAAAUCAAAUGCCACUUUUCCAUUAAAUCAGAAAGACCUAGAACGAAAAGGAUCAUCGUUUUCGAGUGUGGAAUUAAAAUCAAAUGAGGUUCAACCCAGUUUAUUGUCAACUCAGUGUGGAAUUAGAACUCAAUCGGAUAAAAAUAAAGUUAAACAAAAAUUAAAUGUAACUGAGAGUCGAUCAUCUAUUCAAGUAAGCGGGUUCGAGAAAAAAGAUGAAACAAUCAUUGUGAAAGAAUCUAAUGAAACUAAAAAUGAGGCCAAAAAAUCACAGGAAUGUGAAAAUAUAAAAUUACCAAUUCAAACAAGCGGGCCUGAAAAAAACGAUCAAAACGUAAAUGAGAAAAAAAUGUCACAUUAUGAAUCAAAAAGUCAAAAGCAUGAUUCUUCAAAGAAAAACAUAGAUAAACAUUCAAAAAAAGAAUAUUCAUCUUCUCAUUCAAAAAAGAGCUCUAGUAAAUAUUUUCCAGAUAAAGCUACUUUAAAGGAAUGUGUGGUACUAUUGGAGCGACGUCAUGAGGUUGAAAACUGCUUAAAACGUCAACUUUCCCGAGAAAAGGUUAAACAUAAAAAGAGUAAAUCUGAACAUAGUGACAAAAAUAAAAUCAGCAAAUCGAAAAAACGCAGAGAACAUUCUCAUAAGUCAUCGAAUCAUUAUAAAUCUUCCCAUUCAUCAUCGAAACAUAAAUCAUCUAGCGAUUCGUCAUCAAAAUCGAAAAUUAUUAUGGAAGAUAAAAUCACAAAUGAUUUAAAUGGGUUGACACAACAAUUAAUUGAUUUAAAAAAUAAAGCAAAUCGUAAUGAUUAUAAAACGAAACAGUCCGACGAUAAUCCAUUAAAAAUGAAAAUUCGAAAAAUUCAUGAAGAAAAUAUAAACCAAACUCUAGAAAUUUCUUCCACGUCGGAGAUAGUACGUAAAAAACCGUGGGAUGAAAACUUACGAACAUUAAAGUAUUCGUGGAUUAACAAUAAUUUGAUACAAGAAGAAGGUGAUGAUAUUGAACAAAGGUUAGCACUGUUGGAAGGAGGUGUACACCUUUUCACAGGUGAUAAUGUGGAGGUAAAUGUAGAGAGGAUCGAAAAUGAUUCAAUGCAUUCAGUAUCGGAUAUGGUAUCAACUACCCACGGCAGAGAGCCUUGCGGUGAACAAGGUAUAACUUCUUCGUCAGAAGUAACAACUUCAUGUGUUACGCCACCAGUAAUCAAUAAUGAAGACUUAUCAGAUUUUUUAACUAUUAACCCAGUAUCAAUAAACGAAACAAAUAUGACGCAAAACAAUGUAGAAAUAUCAAAGGAUUGUCAAAAUUUGAAUUUUGAAAGAAAUCCAUCGGUAAUUCAAGAAAAUUUAUUUGAAGUAAUUCAACCAUCUGAAAAUAAUAUAUCAUUAGUUAAUCCAGAACUACAAAAAUCUGUGGAAAUAGAGAAACAUUAUGAAUCAACAGAGAAAAUGGACGAAAAAAUAGAUAACAAUCAGGUUAUACAUAAUAGUGGGACAACAAUAAAGAACGAAUCAGAAAUUCCUAUUAUAGAUUUAACAUACACUGAAUUUAUAAAAAAAGAAGAACCGUCUGAAUGCGAAAUUAUAGAAAUCGAAGAUGAAAUACCAAUGUUGCGUGUAAGAGCAAGUAUUUUUUUAAAUCAGGAAGCAAAUAAUAUAAUUGAAAAAAUAAAAAAUUCUAUGUCAUUUAUAUGCAGUGAUGUGCGUACUUUCAACAAACGUAUAAGAAAGUUAACAAAUAAAAUUGAAAAAACUCGGGAAGAGUUACUUAAAACCGAACAUAUCGAAAUGAGAGCUCGUACAAUUACACCGAUUUUAGCUACACAUUUACACUAUUUCAACGAUACAAAUAUGUUUAAAGCCCUUACACAGGCUAUAAAUGAUUCAGCUGAUAAACAAUUCAAUAUUGAUCAUGUUGAGAAUGUGUUUCACUUAUUAGUUAAUCAGUCACCGAUAUUGCGUCAAGAAUUUCUUGGCUACAAAAACAAUAUUGAACCUGAACCGAAUUUAGAUUGGAAUCGAUCAGUGAUUAACCAAAUUAAUAAUAAAACUGAUGGUGUACAAAAUCCACCAAAUAUAAUUUAUAAUGCGUCAAAUAAUUUAGAGCAGACACUACAAAACAAUACUACAGUAAAUAAUCAUACUACGACACAUUCUAAUACAGUUCGUAACGACGGUGGUCAAGAAAGCAAUUAUUUAAUUAAUUCUUCAACACCGUUGAAUGGAUAUUAUAAUCCACAAUCAGCUCAAGUAUAUAGUGGCUAUCAAUUUCAGUCUUCGCCAUUAACAGUUAAUAGUAUGCAAAACAACAAUAUUUUAAAUAAUUCUAUAAAUUCAAGUCAAAUUCGAAACAAAUUCCCGCCUGCAUAUAACGAGGUAAUAGCAACGAAUCAAAAUCAAGAUAAUUUAUAUAAUGCUACUCAUUCACAAAAUAAUUAUAAUUGGACACAUCAGAGACAUCAGGGUACCGGAAAUUAUUCUGCAGAUAUGUAUACAGAAAUGAAUUUAUCUUAUUCAACGAAAACGGUUCCUAGCCAAUUACAGCCACAGACAAUACAAAAUCGACCAGAAUUGCAACAACAUCGACCGCAACUUCAACAAUAUCAGCAGCAAUCACAGAAACAAACAGCGUUGCAAAAUCAACCACAAGGUCAAUAUCAGAAGAAUGACCAAUCAACAUUCCAAUCAGCGGUGCAAAACCAACCCCAACUUCAACAUCAACAAGAAUCACCACAACAAUCAGUGAUGCAAAAACAACAGCAAUUACAACAAUCGCAUCAACUUCACACGCAAAAUCACCAGCGUUUACAAACAUCAGAAGUACUACAUCAAAAGCAAUUACAACAAACAUCAGAAGUAAUAAAUCAAAAACAAUUACAACAAUCGCAUCAACCUCACACGCAAAAUCACCAGCGAUUGCAAACAUCAGAAGUGCUACAUCAAAAGGAAUUACAACAAUCGCAUCAACCUCACACGCAAAAUCACCAGCGAUUACAAACAUCAGAAGUGCUACAUCAAAAGCAAUUACAACAAUCGCAUCAACCUCACACGCAAAAUUACCAGCGUUUACAAACAUCAGCAGUGCUACAUCAAAAACAAUUACAACAAUAUCAAUUGUACCAACCACAUGGAAAACCAGCACUACCCAAACAACCAGCCAUGUUAAAUCAACAGCAAAUACAAGAACAACAAUAUCAAGAACAAUUGCAAAAGCAACAAUUGCAGAAAAGGCAAGAAUUACAAUAUCAACAGAAAUCACCAAAGCAACUUACAUUGCAGAAACAACAAUUACACCAAACUCAGACACCUCACCAAUCUCAAUCACAAAAUCAACAGCAAUUGCACCAACCACAAUUAUUACAUACGCUAAACAAUCAAGAAUUGCAGAAGCAACAAAACAAAGAACGACAGUGGUACCAAUUCCAACAGAAGUAUUUAUUAAAUCAACAAGAUCAACGAGGAAGCCAAGAACAGCAACUUGUUACAAAAAAGAAGCGAUCGUCAAAAAAAAACACACAAAUUAUUCCUGAACCUCCGAAUUUAAUACCAGAUGGAAAUUCAACGAUAUACUUAAGGCAACAACUACUGUAUUCGGAUCAAAGUGAGGCGGGAAUUAAUCAACCUAGACAAAUAUCGAAUUUUAAAGAUGGAAAUUUAAAAGUGCCAACCUCCAUUGCAACGAGCAAUAUAUAUGUGCCCAAGCACGCAAUCAACAACGUACAAGAUAUCUCGUCACCUGCUCUAAAUUCUCUAACAACAGUUAAUAAUGAUAUAUAUGGUAGUACAUCCGUUAUAAGAAAUACAACGAGCAAUGUACAAAAAGGAAAUAAUACAACCAACAACGUACAAGAUAUCUCAUCAUCUGCGCUAAAUUCAUUAACAACAGUUAAUAAUGAUAAAUAUGGCGGUACAUCAGUUAUAAGAACUGCAGGAACAUUCGAAGUCCCAAGCGUUUCUUCUGCGGCAUCUACACCCCAAUAUAAUAUCGUUUGGGGACAACCUGGAUCCAACUGCAAUAUGACACCUACAUUGGGUGAAUACUCAAAUAAUGAACAGUCUAAUAUUAAUCAGAAUUGGAGUUAAAUUUUGAAGAUGGUUACAAGAUCGAAGAAACUUAUUUACAGUAUUAUUUUCUAUAGAUGUUAUUUUUUUUUUAUAUAUUUACUUUAUUUAUCGAAUAC